CUCUGUUGUUGUUGUGUCGGGAGGCUACAAACAGUUCGAAAUUUUUCUUUUAAAGGAAAAAUUCAGUUUUGAAUCAGGUCAGUAAAUAUCUGUAAUGUUCUCGUCCUCAUAGUCGAGAGUCUUAUUUUUAGGAAGCAGGAAUAUCUGGAGGAUUUGCUGCUGCUGUGAAGAUGGAGUUUGUUAAAGAGGAGAGUGAAGAGAACACGAGUGAAACAGAAACCUGGAGAAUAAAACAAGAGGAACCAGAAACCUGGAGAAUAAAACACGAGGAACCAGAAACCGUGAAAAUAAAACACGAGGAACCAGAAAUCUGGAGAAUAAAACACGAGGAACCAGAAACCUGGAGAAUAAAACACGAGGAACCAGAAACCUGGAGAAUAAAACACGAGGAACAAGAACCCCACGGAAUAAAACACGAGGAACAAGGAGAGUUAAUUGAAGAAAAAGAGGAGAAUACAGAAUCAAAGGAAGUUGAGGAGAAAAAUCUUGUCAAAACUGGAGGAAAACAUUUGAUUUGCUCUCAAACCAAACAGAAAGAUUUAAAGAAAAAAAGAGCCAAGAAGUGUUUCAACUGCACUCAGUGUGGAAAGAGAUUCAAACACCGAUUCAGUUUUAAGCGUCACAUGAGAAUUCAUACGGGAGAGAAACCAUUCACUUGUGAUCAGUGCGGGAAGAGUUUCAAACAAUCACCUAACCUCAAGAGUCACAUGAAAAUCCACACUGGAGAGAAGCAGCACGCAUGUUAUCAAUGCGAUAAAAUGUUUUUAUGGGCUUCACUUCUAAAGAAACACUUGAAAGUUCAUGCAAAAGAGAAACCACAUCCAUGUCAUUUGUGUGGUAAGAGUUUUUUGCAUCUACAAAGUUUGAAAGUACAUCAGAAAAUACAUACUGGUCUGAGAAAGUGCAUGUGCUUUGAGUGUGAAAAUACGUUUAGUUCAGUGAGCAGUUUAAAACUGCACGAGAGGAUCCACACUGGAGAGAAACCUUUCAAGUGUUCACACUGUGAAAAAAAAUUUGGUCAGUCAGAACAUCUAAAAAUACAUGAGAGGAUCCACACUGGAGAGAAACCUUAUAAGUGUUCACACUGUGAGAAAAGGUUCAGUGUUUCAUCAAGUCUGAAAACACAUGAGAGGAUUCACACUGGAGAGAAACCUUAUAAGUGUUCACACUGUGACAAGAGAUUCAUUCAGUCAGUACAUCUAAAAAAACAUGAAAGGAUCCACACUGGAGAGAAACCUUAUAAAUGUUCACACUGUGACAAGAGAUUCAGUAAUUCAUCGAGUCUGAAAACACAUGAGAGGAUUCACACUGGAGAGAAACCUUAUAAGUGUUCACACUGUGACAAGAGAUUCAGUAAUUCAUCAAGUCUGAAAACACAUGAGAGGAUUCACACUGGAGAGAAACUUUAUAAGUGUGCACACUGUGACAAGGGAUUUAAUCAGUUGGUAAGACUAAAAACACAUGAGAGGAUUCACACUGGAGAGAAACCUUAUAAGUGUUCUCACUGUGAUGAGAGAUUUAUUAAUUGGCUAAGUAUGAAAAAACACGAGAAGAUCCACACUGGAGAAAAACCUUAUAAGUGUUCUCACUGUGACCAGAGAUUUAUUAAUUGGUCAAGUCUGAUAAGACACAAGAGGAUUCACACUGUAGAGAAACCUUAUAAGUGUUUUCACUGUGACCAGAGAUUUAUUAAUUGGCUAAGUAUGAAAAAACACGAGAGGAUCCACACUGGAGAGAAACCUUAUAAGUGUUCUCACUGUGACCAGAGAUUUAAUCAUUUGACAAAUCUGAAAAAACAUGAGAGGAUCCACACUGGAGAGAAACCUUAUAAGUGUUCCCACUGUGACCAUGGAUUUAAUUAUUUGCCAAGUCUCAAAAAACACGAGAGGAUUCACACUGGAGAGAAACCUUAUAAGUGUUCACACUGUGACAAGAGAUUCAGUGAUUCAUCAAGUCUGAAAACACAUGAGAGGAUCCACACUGGAGAGAAACCUUAUACAUGUUCAAACUGUGACAAGAGAUUCAGUAACUCAUCAAGUCUGAAAACACAUGAGAGGAUUCACACUGGAGAGAAACCUUAUAAGUGUUCACACUGUGACAAGAGAUUCAGUGAUUCAUCAAGUCUGAAAACUCAUGAGAGGAUUCACACCGGAGAGAAACCUUAUAAGUGUGCACACUGUGACAAGAGAUUCAGUGUUUCAUCAAGUCUGAAAACACAUGAGAGGAUUCACUCUGGAGUGAAACCUUAUAAGUGUGCACACUGUGACAAGAGAUUCAGUGAUUCAUCAAGUCUGAAAACACAUGAGAGGAUUCACACUGGUGAGAAACCUUAUAAGUGUGCACAAUGUGACAAGAGAUUCAGUGUUUCAUCAAGUCUGAAAACACAUGAGAGGAUUCACUCUGGAGUGAAACCUUAUAAGUGUGCACACUGUGACAAGAGAUUCAGUGAUUCAUCAAGUCUGAAAACACAUGAGAGGAGUCACAUUGGAAAGAAACCUAAUACGUGUUAACACUAUGACAAGAGAUUCAGUGAUUCAUCAAGUCUGAAAACUCAUGAGAGGAUUCACACCGGAGAGAAACCUUAUAAGUGUGCACACUGUGACAAGAGAUUCAGUGUUUCAUCAAGUCUGAAAACACAUGAGAGGAUUCACACUGGAGAGAAACCUUAUAAGUGUUCACACUGUGACAAGAGAUUCAGUGAUUCAUCAAGUCUGAAAACACAUGAGAGGAGUCACAUUGGAAAGAAACCUAAUACGUGUUAACACUGUGACAAUAGAUUCAGUGAUUCAUCUGGAAUACCCCCAGAAAGACAUGUUUAAAGACAAAGAGCCCCCCCCCCAACACACACACACAUACCUACUUAUUCCUAAUAAUCAAGCCAAGAAAAAACAUUCACUGAAUGGAGACAUCAGCUAACAUUUGGACUUUGCAUUGACUAGG